CUGUGUCAGGGCGAGGGGGUGCAGAGAGUCAGGACAGGAUGAGGGAUAGUUCAGUUCCAAGCUCAGCUUCAUCGUCAGUGACAGAUCUAUUCUGCACCCCUCACAGCAGUAGGUCAGACCUCUUCCUCCCAGGUACAUCUGGAGACUUCAGCCUGAGUGCCAGCUUAUCAGCUUGUACCCUGCUCUAUGAGGGUGCGGUAGAGCCCAUGCAGAUUGAUGUAGACCCACAAGAAGAUCAGCAAAAUGCACCUGACAUCAACUACGUGGUGGAGAAUCCAACUCUGGAUCUAGAGCAAUAUGCAGCGAGCUACAGCGGCCUGAUGAGAAUUGAGCGGCUGCAGUUCAUUGCUGACCACUGCCCGCAGCUGCGCGUGGAAGCACUCAAGAUGGCUCUGUCAUUUGUCCAAAGAACAUUCAAUGUUGACGUUUAUGAAGAAAUUCAUCGGAAACUGACUGAAGCCACAAGAGAGCUCCAGAACACACCUGACGCUGUCCCAGAUGGAGGGAUGGAGCCCCCUCCUCUAGACACAGCUUGGGUUGAGGCAACACGCAAAAAAGCUCUUCUCAAGUUGGAAAAGCUGGAUACAGAUCUAAAGAACUAUAAGGGGAAUUCAAUCAAGGAAAGCAUCAGGAGAGGCCAUGAUGACUUGGGUGAUCAUUACCUUGACUGUGGAGACCUUAGCAAUGCUCUCAAAUGUUACUCACGAGCCCGUGAUUAUUGCACCAGCGCAAAACAUGUUAUUAACAUGUGCCUCAAUGUUAUCAAGGUCAGUGUUUACCUUCAGAAUUGGUCCCAUGUCUUGAGUUAUGUGAGCAAGGCAGAGUCUACGCCAGAAAUUGCAGAGCAACGAGGAGAACGUGACAGCCAGACGCAGGCAAUCCUCACCAAAUUGAAAUGUGCUGCAGGCUUGGCUGAGCUAGCUGCCCGGAAAUACAAGCAGGCAGCAAAGUGCUUCCUCUUGGCCUCGUUUGAUCACUGUGACUUCCCCGAGCUGCUGUCUCCUAGCAAUGUAGCUGUGUAUGGUGGCCUGUGUGCACUAGCUACCUUUGACCGUCAGGAAUUGCAACGCAAUGUCAUCUCCAGUAGUUCCUUCAAACUCUUCUUGGAGCUGGAACCACAGGUCCGUGAUAUCAUCUUCAAGUUCUAUGAAUCCAAAUAUGCCUCAUGUCUCAAGAUGCUGGAUGAGAUGAAGGAUAACCUGCUACUGGAUAUGUACCUGGCACCUCACGUGAGAACGCUUUACACACAGAUCCGAAAUCGGGCCCUCAUCCAGUAUUUCAGCCCCUAUGUGUCAGCAGAUAUGCACAAGAUGGCCACAGCAUUCAACACCACGGUGGCAGCUCUGGAAGAUGAACUCACUCAGCUGAUCCUGGAAGGGCUGAUUAAUGCCAGAAUAGACUCUCACAGCAAGAUUUUAUAUGCACGAGAUGUUGAUCAGCGCAGCACCACCUUUGAAAAGUCUUUGCUGAUGGGGAAGGAAUUUCAGCGCCGCGCCAAAGCUAUGAUCCUGCGAGCAGCUGUCCUACGUAACCAGAUCCACGUGAAGUCUCCUCCUAGAGAAGGAAGCCAAGGUGAACUCACUCCAGCGAACAGCCAGUCCCGAAUGAGCACCAAUAUGUAAUGCUCUAGGAAUCAUCAAAAGACUCUUCCCCCCACACUGCACCUGGGAGCAUGCGCAUCCAGCAUCCGAGCCACCAGUGAUCCCUGGGUGCUGUUUCUGUCUCUCUGAGUGUGGGAGGGGCAGGACUGUUGGGGGGGGCAUGCCUUAGGAGUCAGGUAAUUCCUUUUAGAAUUGAAACUUCCAUUAGAUGCCGCACUGCAAGAAUAUGUGAGCAUGUGAAUGUGCAUCUCAUCCUUCCCCAGGGUAUUUCACAAACAGAGGCUUAUCUUGGGUUCUUGCACUUGCUAACAGAUCUCUGUAGUUUCCAUUCAGUAAACCACAGUGAGAAUAUGGAAGGAUAGGUGUGUUCCUGAAGAACUUCUUAUUCACAGCAUUGUUGUCUCCUACCCUGAUUCUGGCCCAAAUAGAGUGCCUCUCAGGUAGCACCCAUAGGAAAUCUGGUAUCCUUUCCAUCCAAGGCUUGUGUUUGCAUUUACCCUGGCUCAGCUCCAUUUCAGUCUGUUCUUCCCUUGGAAAAAAAAGAAAGCCUGUGUUCUGGCUUGUUCUUGCAUCCCUAGCCCUGUUCUGGCUAUUGUUUUAAUGUUUCCUCAUCCAGAUUUACUGCUGUAAUGUGUGGUGGCUUUCUGGCCUAUCUGGACAACAUGACAGAGGUAAAUGGCACAAAAGAGCCUCCACCUGUAUUCAGGCAAGAUCCUGCCUGGCUGUCUGCACUCCCGGUACCACUUCUUGUUUAUCCUUUACAGAAGAGGGUUGUGGUUACAGGUCAGACAUGGAUUGUGUUAUGUUAAUGAUAGUAGUUAAAAUGUUGAUUAUUCUGCAGUUUAUUCCCUAGUCCCAGGAACAAAAGUUACAGAUGUGGAUCUAGCCCUUGACAAACAAGACACUGUCAAUGAUGUUUAGUUUAAAAACAAAGUUCUCUCUUAUGCAUUAAAAAGCAUAAUUGUAAAGAUAACUGCAGCAAUGAAUUACUCUGGUGGCUCCCCCCCAAAAAAAACCCUACAUGUGAAAUUCUAGCACAAGAAACUGAGGAACCAACAGCUGUAUGAAUGCCCAGUUUCAGAAAUGUUUAUAAAAUAAGGAGUGGUUGCAUUGUAGUCUUUUCAAAUGGCCUUAUUGGGUUGGAACAUAAAGCAGGUAUUGCAAUCCUUUCGGGCAGUCUUUGAGCAGACAACAUAAAGGCUUGAUAGUAAAAAUAUGUCACUUUUCUAAAAAUAAGGAAGAAAACCAAAGCCACGGAAUUGCCUCAGGUUUUUGAGAUGUUAGUACUGUGGGAUACAAGAGGGGAAAUGAAGCAUUGGGCCUUCUUUCCCCCCUGUAAAUAAUCCCUCCCAGACAAUGAUAAGGGGUGGGAACUUGGGUUGUUUGUUUGCUUAAAUGAAAACUGAGCUUAUCAGAAUCCAAGUGCUCCUUAACACACAAAGCCCUGAAGGAUAUCCAAGGUUCAGAGAAAUAGGCUGCCUCAGUCAAAUAGCUGUAAACCAAACCAACUUUCCUGUUCAUUGGAGCUCUGGCUAGUAGGCUGAAGUUGAAAGUCCUGUUUUGUUUGGCAGACUGCUGCCAUAUUAGUAACUUAUUCUCUGGAAUCUGUGUGGAGGUAAGGAAACAAAAACACGUGCACCUUUCUGUAGUCACCUGCUUCCCUCUCUUUAUCAUAUGAGCUUGGAGCAGUUAUAUUCUGAUUUGCAUGCUCAGUGUAUAAACUUGUGGAGUACCACAAAUCCAGAGUGGGGAGUGUUUGGGUGGUCCAUGAUGCAUUUGUGUGGCUUACAGUGCUGUCUCAGCAGAGUUACACCCUCUAAGCCUAUGGACUUCAGUGGGUUUAGAAAGGUGUAACUGCUUAGGAGUGUCCUGCAAGCGCAUCAUCCCUUCAACUGCCUAGUCUCAUGAGUACAGUACAUGAGGAGAGGAAGAGUAAAAUGAAGUCCUCCACUCAAUGAGUACUUUUUAAUAGCAUGCCGCGUAUUUGGGAAGUGUUUAUGGAAACCAAGAGUUUUAGCAAGCAGUAUUAACUUCCAGAAACAGAGAGAGGUAAAUGCGUUCGGAACUGUCCUUUAUUUCUGAAAGAUGCUGUAUUGUGGUUAACAGCACUUUAGAUAUUUAUCCGUGUCAUCCCAAGUGGACCUUUUAGCAACCAAUUUGUUAGUUUGUGUGGAAGGAAAUGCACAUUCUCUUGUAUAAAAUAAGAUAAAACUUGGUCUACUGCAGGCCUCAGCCUAAGAGAAGAGGCUGCUUAUCAGGGCCAAACUAGAUGUGACCAAAUUCUCGUGGCUGUCAUGAGGCCAGGGCCGCUGUUUUAAAGUCAUUUAAAAAUGCCCUGAGGGCCUGAUCAAGAUUGGGCCUGCCGCGCACUGCCUCUUGCCCCCCCCCCCCCCC